GCCUCCCGCACGCGUUUGUGGUCGGAGUUCCGCGUGUGUGCUGGAGACGCUGGUGUGCGCUGGCAUGGCGGACAAGGUGUUGUUCAAAGUGGCGACGGAGGAGGAGAUAGUAGUUGUCCGACAGCGAAUUGGGACGACAGAGGACGACAUCCGGCAAGGGGUGUCGAUUUUACGCUUCUGGCUUGAGGCGCAACCGCACCUGCCGCACGUCAUGGCUGACGGCCGUCUGGAGCGCUUGUAUGUUAGCUGCAAGUGCAGCAUUGAGAAGACCAAGAAGACGUUGGACGCCUACUACACUCUCAAGAAGAAAUUCCCGGAUAUCAUGAUGAAAAGGGAUCCUACAUCACCAGAAAUAACACAACUCCACAAACAAUUGACUGUGGUCACAGUUCCACUCAUGACGGAAGACUGCAACCGUGUUAGCUGCCUCUUGAACAUAACCCCCGAUGCUUCAAUCCUGAACUUGCCGCAGGCAAUAAAGGCCAUGUUGAUGGCGGUAGAGUUCAUGCUCUCGUUUGACUACUCUGUUGGUUACAUAUUUUUAGUUGAUUUGAAGAACGUGACCGCUGCACAUGUCACCAAGGCAAGUGUGCGUGACAUCUGGAGCCUGGAAACUAUCUCCAGGAAAGCGUAUUCAAAACGAAUUGUUGCCUUACAUUUCACUAACGCAACAAAGAUUAUAGGCAUGGUGCUCUCAGUCGUCUAUCCAGCGCUUCCUCCGAAACUGCGAAAGCGGGUGCAUAUCCACCCUCCUGGGUCGGAGACGCUAUUCGAGCAUGUGCCCAAAUCUUGCCUGCCUAAUGAGAUGGGUGGCACAGCUGGCCCUGCUCAAGAAAUGAUGGAUGCGGUCAUAAAUUCCAUGGUGGAUCUUCGAAAGUGGUUCCUUGAAGAGGACAGAUACAUAGCAGAUGAGAGCAAAAGACCUCCAGACAACAGCUACAAAUAUGAGUAUGAACUGUUUGGUAUGGAUGGAUCUUUCAAGAAGCUGCAACUGGACUGAUCAUCUAAGCUUAAUAAUUCCUCACCUCAACUUGCUCUUUAAUAUAUUUUAUGUUACUGAGUUUCAUUAUAUUUAUUCAUCACUUGAGUUUUCUUAACAAAGUGAAGAGUAAAUUUCCUUGCAUAUUUUCCCCAAAGGAUAUUUCUCCAAGUAAUUACAAAUUACCUGAACAAACAUAAAUAAUUUUUUACAAUAGGUUAACAUUCUCUCAGUGCCUGACACUUUAGAUUUUAGUACAAUAAUUUAGCUUGAUAAAGGCGCACUCUUUGACUUGUUACAUGUAUGCCUUAUAGAUCACUAUUAUUAUAUCUUAUAUGGAGAUAUUUUCCAUUUUCAACAUUCCUAUCCAGCUAGGGACGAAUCACAGCCCUUAUGCCUCUGUGCGACCUGCUGUUAGUCUGUUUUCACAGAUUUUCUUCAACUGAAAAGUAAAAUUUAGCUAUGAAAACUCGUUCUUUGUAUGUUUCAAUAGGAAUACUUGCAAUUUUAGAGUUCCUUCAUCUAGUAUCUCCUGAUUCACAUUGCUUGGUACUUGCAUUGCACUGUGCCGCUAGUCAAUUAACGCUGUAUUGCAUGUGUUGCCACUUGAGGAAAAUCCGUAAAUUUACAUGUAAUGUUAAGGAAAUCACUUGUGUAUUCACAAUGUUGACAUCUGGCAACACAUACAAUCUGAUUGCAUUGAGUUAGGCCGUGUUUAGCUUCAUUAUGUUGGCAGAAACUGUUCAAAAUACAUGAUCUUUGCUGAAGGUCACGUCUACGUAAACACGCAUGAAAGCAGCACAAAGAGUUUCUGCCACUUGUAGUUACAUCUUUAACAUCUUUAACGUACGUAAAAUGAUGCUUAAUGCUAGCACAGGCAAUGUUUUAAUAACUCUGUAACUAAACGAUUAAUAAUUAAUGUUUCCCAUACGUCAAAAAACUUAAAAUAUUGAAUAAAUCAAAAUUAAAUCAAAGUUCAUAAGUUCAGCAUGUUAAAAAGUACUUCGUGUGUCACACCCUACCCCCGAAACUUUUUUUCACUAAAACUGAUCUCCUACAAAAGUGUCACGCAAUAAAAGGUUAAGUUUGUGAAUGUUCAUAUUGUACUUCUUUGUUUAUACUCUUUGUCCCUUUUUAGUCUGACUUGAGGUUGUGGUGUUGAUCAUACGCACUUAAGCUGUAUUACAAUUCUUGUCAGAUUCGCAGAACGCACAAUAAAAUUGUUUCUUGACAUUUA